ACGUGGCCUACCUGCGCUCCGUCCUGCCCAGCACCGUGGAAGAUGCUUUCUUUGACUACUUGGCCACCCUGGAUGCCUCUGAGGUGACAAUCUCAGCCAUGCCAGAGGGUUCUGUCGUCUUUGCCAAGGUGCCAUUCCUGCAGGUGAAGGGACCAUUGCUGGUGGUGCAGCUGCUGGAGACCACGUUGCUGUGCCUGGUCAGCUAUGCUAGCCUGGUGGCCACCAACGCCGCCCGAUUCCGACUGCUGGCCGGGCCGGACGUGAAGCUGAUGGAGAUGGGACUGCGCCGGGCACAGGGGCCGGACGGAGCUCUCUCUGCUUCCAAGUAUUCCUACGUGGGGGGAUUCGACUGUACCAGCAACAUCCUGGCUGGAAAACUCUACGGAAUUCCCGUGCAUGGAACCAUGGGCCACUCCUUCGUCAUGGCCUUCCGCUCCGAGGAGGAGGUGCAGCCGCGG